AUGAGACACGUGAUGAUAUUCAUCAUCUUCCAUCACCUGCUUCUCGGUUCGUUCCUUUCUACUUUAUUUACUGUCUCGUUGGUCACUGUAAACUCUUCCGAUAACUGGACGAUUAAACAAUUUUUUCAAAAAUUAUACAUCCAUAGGCAAAGUCGGAAAGGGUGAAAAAAUUCUUCAUGAAAAUUUUCCUUUUAGGGCGACAAAGGUUACUUUUUGCUACCUUUUUGCGCCAUUUCGUCGGCUCUUAUGAACCAUUUUCGUAACCUCCCCCCUUUUCCAACAUUUUUGUGCCUUUAAAACCCCAGAAAAAAAAAAUGCAAGGCUCGAUAAAGGGACCUUUUUUUUGCCUUUCUUAAGUCUCUCCCUUUUAGCGACCAUUUUUCACCAUCCCGACUUUGCCCGAGUAAAAGCCCUAAUUAGGUUUCGGAAAUUGAAAAAAAUAUGAAAAAGUUAUAUUUAUAAUGGAGGAUGCCGUCUUGAAUUAUUUAAAAUGCCUUAUUUUGAACUUUUUCAGCAUUUGUGACCGGAGCAGUGCUGCCUGCUUGCCAACCUCCGAACAGUCGGUUUUAUUUUCGUUUCAAUAAAUUAUUCGAGGAACCUAAAGUAGAAUUGUCGACUGUUUUAUAAUCCUUGUUCAAAAGAAUUUUCGUUGCCCAUCAACUAAAUGUUUGUCUGAAAACCGCAAAACAUUUCAACCGCCUGAGGUAAAUUCAGUACUUCCUUUUUUAAGACAUAUCUUUCUAUUAUUUUUCAACUCGAUGCCAUAAGUGGUAAUUUUUUCUUUUUGAAGAUGUAGUUUACAAGUUUUAAUUCUUUGUGUUCAUUUCUAGAGACUUGUGAAAUGAUGAGCUUCAGUUUUGUGACAAUGUUCUUUUUUCCACUAAAUGGAUGAUUUCAGACUGCUCCGUUCAUGUUUUCCGAGUCCGACUCUCACAGAAGCCGGAUGGCGAUGAGCUAUUGGAUACUAGCACAAUUACGGUCAGAGAAAGUCGGAAAUUUCUCCUAGGUUUCUUUUCUGACUUCAGGUGAUACAACAGAUGAAAUAUGGAGCCAACGCUUUUGAAAUUCAUGGAGGUCCUAAACUGAAUCCAGAGGUUUCUCAUUUUUUUUGUUUUGUUAAGAUAUAUAACGUGCUAGGUAACAAAGGAGAUCAUGCAAAACAUCCCGGCGAACAUGGAUCCAAGGCUCAAGGUACGAAAUCUUUUUUUCAAAGAGUUUAUGUUUUCCAGGAGAAAAUAAUCAAGAACGAAUUCUAUCUAAAGCCAGUAGGACCACACGAUCCAGAAAUGCCGGCGGCAACUAUCCCACCAGCACUUCCGCCGAGCUCGUCCAGCUCUCCACCAACAAACGCGGUAACUGUAGCCGUCCUCUUCUCUUCAAUCUUCACUCCUUUUCAGCGGAAAGGCACCUAUUUCAGCACGGAGUUCACGAUACUCGUGAUCAUCCUUUUGAUUUGCAUCGGUGUGAUCCUCGGAAUCGCUUUCACUGCUUUGAUCAUCAUGGUGACCGACAGGAGGCGUGGCCCGACUUUCGACAGGUUCAAAACGGUUAACAUGAGCAAUGGUAACAUCCAGCCGUUGCAGAUCAAACGCAGUGGUGUAUAAAAAGUCGGCAGACCUCGAAGGUUUGAUGCCAAUGGAGCAGCGGACAUUCCCGCGGAUGCACAUCAAACGGUCGGCCGCCACCCACUCGGCGACGCCUUCCCAGUCUUGUAAGUUCAAUCAUAACUCUUCUACUUCUGUUACUUACCUUUCAAGACAUAUCUUCUUAUUUUUCUCAGUGCCACAUGUUCAAUAUUAGGCUUGAAACGGUCUACAGUUCUUAAAAACAUGCGUGAACAAUUUUUUUUUUUUCAUCGAAGUUCGUUCAUUUUUUGAUAUAACUUUUUAAAAUUCUCGUUAUCAACUGCCAAAAAUCUUUGAAUUAGCGUUAAUGUCAACGGCAGAAACGUACUAGCCGAUUCUAAAAAAAUUGAAUUCAUAUUUUUAACUAAUAGCGGUAAAGUGAACAAUUGAACCUAUCAUUUCAUUUUUUUUCUCUCAAAACCGUUUCAGUCUCAAUGAAGCUAAACUUGUUGAUGGAAGUCAGCUAGACCAAGAUCUUUAAAAUUGACUUUAAGAAAAUAUAAAAUUCACAAGUGUCCCGAUUUUUCCUAACUUUUUUCAACUUUCGAUAUGCGCCUUGCCCUUAGGCCGAUCUUAUUUCUUCUAUCAUCUAGUUUUUUUCUUCUAUUUUUUCAACUUCAUCAAACUUUAUACACGUGACUGGAUUUUGAGGCUCAGAAGUUGAAAAAAAAAAACGAAGCUUUUAUAGAUUUAGGGUAACCUAAAGUGGCUCAAAUAAUUGUAUUUGAUAAAAAAAUGUAAUUAAUACCUGCCUACACCUUUCGUUAUGGAACUACUAAAUAUUAACACGAACUCAGUCUGGCAAAGAAUGACAAGCAUCGAAAACGUAUUCAUUAAAUGAAUAAGUGCGUGAGAAACUUCUUUUUGACAAUAGGCAACUUAUAACUAGAAUAUCGCACUAGAGAGGUAAUGAGAACUCAACUAGAGUUCCUAACAAGGGAGGUUAUUUUACUUUGCGGUUGGGAAUCCUGGAAUUUGGUCAGAAAGCUCCUUCGUGUUUCUGAAGAUUCUGCAAGUCUCAAACUGUACAAAUUCCUCGUUUUUGAGAAGGGACGCCACCGAAGCGAAAAAAAUCCUCAAAUUUCAUUUAAAUAAGCAAUUUUGGGGCGUUUUUGAAAAAUAGGAGGUUGUGCUGGUGGAAACUUUUAGAAUCUCUAUCUGGUACAUCAAGGAGUGUUCUGGCCAAUUUUUAGGAGAAUGCCAACCGCAAGGUAAAUUUUGGGGUAUAUGAUAAUCGAGCCGCGAAAAUCGAGCCUGCGAAAAUCGAGCCGCCAUUUCUACAGGGCGAGACGAACAGAGAAAAAGAAAUAGUGUAUUGUCGAUUGUCGCAGGCUCGAUUUUCGCGGCUCGAUUAUCAUAUACCAAAAUUUUGAAAUCAAAAAGCGGGAAUGAUGAGUUUUGCAGCUUCGAGCCGAGCACCGCCUUGGCGUCACAACAUUCGACGGGAGAAACAAUCAACGAUUCGACAAAUAUCUUUAUGA